AUGACAGCCAUGAAGCAGGAGCAGCAGCCCACCCCGGGGGCCAGGGCGAGCCAGGCGCAGCCGGCGGACCAGGAACUGGGAAGUAACAGCCCUCCACAGAGAAACUGGAAGGGAAUUGCAAUUGCCCUGCUGGUGAUUUUAGUUGUGUGCUCGCUCAUCACUAUGUCAGUCAUCCUCUUAACCCCAGAUGAACUCACAAAUUCAUCUGAAACCAGAUUGUCUUUAGAAGACCUCUUCAGGAAAGAAUUUGUGCUUCAUAAUCCUGAAGCAUUGUGGAUCAAUGAUACAGAUGUGGUGUAUAAAAGCGAGAAUGGACAUGUGGUCAAACUGAAUAUAGAAACAAAUACUACCACAUUAUUACUGGAAAACAAAACUUUUGUAACUUUCAAAGCAUCUAGAUAUUCAGUGUCACCAGAUUUAAAGUACGUCCUUCUGGCAUAUGAUGUCAAACAGAUUUUCCAUUAUUCAUAUACUGCUUCCUAUGUGAUUUACAACAUACACACUAAGGAAGUUUGGGAGUUAAAUCCUCCAGAAGUGCAGGACUCCAUCUUGCAGUACGCAGCUUGGGGUGUUCAAGGCCAGCAACUGAUUUAUAUUUUUGAAAACAAUAUCUACUAUCAACCUGACAUAAAAAGCAGUUCAUUAAGACUUACAUCAUCUGGGAAAGAAGGAGUUAUUUUUAAUGGGAUUGCUGAUUGGUUAUAUGAAGAGGAACUUCUACAUUCUCACAUUGCCCACUGGUGGUCACCAGAUGGAGAGAGGCUUGCCUUCCUGAUGAUAAAUGACUCCUUGGUGCCUAGCAUGGUUAUCCCUCGGUUUACUGGAACACUGUAUCCCAAAGCAAAGCAGUAUCCAUACCCUAAGGCAGGUCAAGUGAACCCAACAAUAAAAUUAUAUGUUGUAAACCUAUAUGGACCAACUCAUACUUUGGAACUCAUGCCACCCGACAGCUUUAAAUCAAGAGAAUACUAUAUCACCAUGGUUAAAUGGAUAAGCAAUACCAAGACUGUAGUAAGAUGGUUAAACCGACCUCAGAACAUUUCCAUCCUCACUGUGUGUGAGACCACCACUGGUGCUUGUAGUAAAAAAUAUGAAAUGACAUCGGACACCUGGCUCUCUAAACAGAAUGAGGAGCCCGUGUUUUCUAGAGAUGGAAGCAAAUUCUUCAUGACAGUUCCUGUAAAACAAGGGGGGCGUGGAGAAUUUUACCACAUAGCCAUGUUCCUCGUCCAGAGUAAAAGUGAGCAAAUCACUGUGCGGCAUCUAACAUCCGGAAACUGGGAAGUGAUAAAGAUCUUGGCGUAUGAUGAAACUACUCAAAAACUCUACUUUCUGAGCACCGAAUUUUCUCCCAGAGGAAGGCAGCUGUACAGUGCCUCUACUGAAGGGUUAUUGAAUCGCCAAUGUAUUUCGUGUAACUUUAUGAAAGAACAAUGUACAUAUUUUGACGCCAGUUUUAGUCCCAUGAAUCAACAUUUCUUAUUAUUCUGUGAAGGUCCAAGGGUCCCAGUGGUCAGUCUCCAUAGCACGGACAAUGUAGCAAAAUAUUUUAUAUUGGAAAAUAAUUCCAUGUUAAGGGAAGCUAUUCAGAAGAAGAAGACAACAAAACCUGAAAUUAAAAUCCUUCAUAUUGACGACUAUGAACUUCCUUUACAGUUGUCCUUUCCCAAAGAUUUUAUGGACCGAAACCAGUAUGCUCUUCUAUUAAUAAUGGAUGAGGAACCAGGAGGCCAGAUGGUCACAGAUAAGUUCCAUAUUGAUUGGGAUUCCGUCCUUGUCGACACAGAUAAUGUCAUUGUGGCAAGAUUUGAUGGAAGAGGAAGUGGAUUCCAGGGACUGAAAAUUUUACAGGAAAUUCAUCGAAGAUUAGGUUCAGUAGAAGUAAAGGACCAAGUAGCAGCUGUAAAAUAUUUACUGAAACAGCCAUAUAUUGACUCCAAAAGAGUAAGCAUUUUUGGAAAGGGUUAUGGUGGCUAUAUUGCAUCAAUGAUCUUAAAAUCAGAUGAAAAGCUUUUUAAAUGUGGAUCCGUGGUAGCACCUAUCACAGACAUGAAGUUAUAUGCCUCUGCUUUCUCUGAAAGAUAUCUUGGCAUGCCAUCUAAGGAAGAAAGCACUUACCAGGCAUCCAGUGUGCUUCAUAAUAUUCAUGGUUUAAAAGAAGAGAAUAUAUUAAUAAUUCAUGGGACUGCUGACACAAAAGUUCAUUUUCAGCACUCAGCAGAAUUAAUCAAGCAUCUAAUAAAAGCUGGGGUGAAUUAUACUAUGCAGGUCUACCCAGAUGAAGGUUAUAAUGUAUCUGAAAAGAGCAAGUAUCAUCUCUACAGCACAAUUCUUAGAUUCUUCAGUGAUUGCUUAAAGGAAGAAUUAUCUGUGCUACCACAGGAACCAGAAGAAGAUGAAUAAUGGACCCUGUUUAUACAGACUGUAGGGGACAUUGUGGCUCAAUGAAAACUAAAGAGACUGUCAUAUUGUAGAUGCUCCAGAAUUUCAAGGACAGCUUGAGGAGAUGACACUGGAACAGCA